AUGGCGGAGCAACUCUUCCCGGGCCUGGAACGACCACUGCCCCAGCUGCCUUCGUUACACUACACGCUCUUCGCCUACAGGGAGGAGCUGAGACGUCGGGAUGCGCCCUUUAUGAAAAUGUCCAGCAUCAAGCUACACUUGACCGAUAACUUGAUACUGCAGACAAUUAAGAACAUCAGGCAACUGGACACCAUGGAGAUUAUGAACCUUAAUCGUGAGAUUGUCUUUAAGCGCAAGCUCACUAAGCAAAUGGGAAAGGUGCGCAAACUGGAGAAGCUCGGACUGAAUGUAGAUCCGCGCAAGCUCAACGAAGUUAGAUGGCACUAA